ACAGAUGGAGAUGGUUUGAAUCUGUCAAAUCGAAAUGAAGUUGUGAAAUUUAAGGUUAUGUUGUCUUGUGUAAUAUUUGUGCGGGGUGAUACUAAAUACGAAAUAACCGGUCCGGCAAUAGCCUUUUGCUUUUAAAACAAAACCAUAUAACUUACAAAAUAUUCCUGUGUUAUGUUAUUGAGUAGUUACUCAUUGCAGUAAUAUACAGGAUAAGAUAGCCAAAAAUCUUUGAUUUUCAGUCAAGCAUCACAGAAGAAAUAACAAUUUGGUUGCAGGUUUAACAAUUUACUAUUUGAUGUCCCAUUAUUCAGAGAUAGACAGACCAACCAUGUGAUAUGCAUAGCGUGAUCAUAUCAAGUAACUGUGACACUAACAGGUAACAAGACACAAGGAAAACCAGCAAUAAUAUAUUUAUGAACUUAAAACAUCCAGAAGAGGAAAAUGAUUAAUGGAGAAUCUAUGCCAAAUCACUUGCUUUCGAGGAAUAUUUUUGAAUACUGUGAAAGUAGCAAUUAUGGAACAAGGUUAGAAAACUAUGUUAUAAGAUUGAAACAGAAAAGUUUACAAGGAAAGGUUGUCCCAGAUGCUAAAGAAACUAAAAAAUACAGUUUAGAGGAGCCAGAAAUGUAUUCUUCUGAAACCAGACUUGAAGAUGUGAUGGAAGAUUCUUUGUCUAAUUCAGUUACAGAUGAAAUAACAGAAGAACACCUGAUGCCUGAAGUUCAGCUUAAAGAGGGUGAGGAAGACAUUUCACCAUCAACUCAGGAUAUAACAGUGCACGAUGAUUCUGACUCUCCGCACUCGAGCGAUGAAGAAGAUUUGCACUUGUCAGAAGAUAACCUUGAAUCAGAAGGGGAGUCACAAAGGCCAGAAAGAAUCAAAAUGUCAAGAAAAAAAGAUUCUCUCAGGAUUGUUUCUCAGUUUCGAAGGAAGAUGUAUCCUUGCCUUUACUGCAGCCAUGUAGCUAAACUCAGAGUGGAGUUGAGGGAACAUAUGAAGUCUCAUAAUGAACACCCAUUCAAGUGUUCAGAGUGUGGUAGUGUGUGUUCAAACAAUGGCAACCUCAAGAGGCAUAUAAUGAUACAUACAGGAGAGCGACCGUAUAAGUGUCCCUAUUGUGAACAGAGCUUCAAAACCAACAAUCACAUGAAAAUUCACAUCCUCAAGCACACUGGCGAACGUCCACACAAAUGCGAUAAGUGUCCUGCGACUUUCACUCAGGGGGCUCAUUUGAAAAAACAUUCUAUGAGACACAUUGUGAAAACAACGUUUAAGUGUCUUUAUUGCAAGUUUUCAACUAAAGACCAAGCCGAGUUAAAAGAACACUCCUCCAUUCAUUCGUAUAAAACGGGAAAGCAAAGAUUUCAGUGUUCUUUAUGCGAAUACAGUACAAUGCAUGCGGGGCAUUUGACUCAACACAUGGUCAAACACAGGAAGGAAAGAAACUUUCAAUGUACAGUGUGUGGGAGUUGCUAUAAAUCCGGAGAUCAACUUAGAAAACAUUCUAUGAUUCAUGCGGAAGAGAAAAAAUAUAAAUGUCCUACUUGCCAAUACACUACUUCACACAACAGUAACUUAAAGAAACACGUCUUAUGUCACAGCAAGGGCCGCAUUUUUUGCCCGUCUUGCAAUUAUGCGUGCAGGACACAAGAGGAAUUUGAGAAGCAUGUAAAAAAACACAACAGGGAACUGCCUCACUCGUGUAGUGUUUGUGAUUACAAGUGCAGCCAGAAGUGUAGACUAGAAGUUCACAUGUUGAAACACAAUGGGACUGAACCGUAUCAGUGUGAGGUGUGCCAGUUUACUACGACCAGACUGGGAAAUCUGAAAAGGCAUUUAUUGAGGCAUACGGAGGAGAAGUUAUACAAAUGUACAGAGUACUGUUGGUAACACAAGAGUCAAUGAUGUUUUCAAGUGCAACCACAGCAGAAAACGCACUGUCUGGUACAUCAAUGGUUUUUUUAUUGGAGUUUCUCAGCAUAUUGAUAGCAAUUCUAGCUUCCCUAGGCGUAAUAUCUUACACUAGUGCUAGCUGUCCUAGCUUAAUUAUCUUACACUUCUCACCGAUAGUCAAAGUUUUAACCUUCCUUUGAGCACUUGUUGUCAUUCACAUAAAUAAAAACACAACCAAAGAUUAAGUACAGUACCGUAGCAUGUGAAAGAUAGAUAAAGGACUGGCAGGCAGCAGACAGAUGACUCACCGACAGGUCACAACACACUUCUCUAAGCCUACACUGUAUUCCUGGGGUUUUUGAAAUAGCAAGGUCCAAAGAAUUCAAGUUAUUGGGGUAGAAUUUGACUUGUGGAAGUAAAUUUAAAGAGUCCAUUUUUGCUAACAUGGUGCUAACAAUGGUAGAGAGAGUUUUUAUCGUAGAGCAUUAUUUUCGCUCAUAUGAAAUUGGUCGUGCGGGUGGGCCAAGCUUGUCAUACACUGCAUUACGUUUUCAGGAACAUUUCCACAAAAACCCGCCUAGUAAUACUGUGAUUAUUAGUGUUGAAAAAUUUCGAAGAACAGGUAGUGUUUUGACACGGCGAAAGGGCUUUUCAGGUCGCCCAACUACUGUCUGUACAAAUGAAAACCACGGAAGAGUGUUGCAGCAAGUGUUACAGUCACUGAAAAGAAGCCUAAUGCGAGUUUCUCUUGAACUCAGUAUUAGCAAUAUGUCAAUGUGAAGAAUGUUCAAAAACAUUGGUGGUUUUCCCUACAGAUACAAACUGGACAACCUUUGAACUGUAGAAACAAACUAGCCAGAGUUCAGUACUGUGCUUCAAUGUUAGCAAUAUAUGAAGAACCUGAGUGAUGUAUGGUUUACAGAUGAAUGUCAUGUGCACCUUAAUGGUUUCUUAAACAAGCAGACAACACGUGUCCUUGGAUUUGAACAUCCUGACAUUGUUGUAGAGAGGCCAUAUCAUAGUAAGCGUGUAACCAUUUGGUGCGCUGUGUCUGGGAGGGGUAUAGUGGGACCAUACAUUUUUGAAGGCAAUAAUGGAGACACUCUUACUGUAAAUCAGUAUCGAUAUAGGGCCAUUAUUGAUCGUUUUGUGAGAGACCUCAGGAGAUUUUGUCUUUCACAAAACCUGCCGUUAAAUUCACAGUGGUUCCAGCAAGAUGGCAAAACCAGUCACACUGCCGUUAACAACAUUGCUUUCCUACAACAAACCUUUGGCAAGUAUCUCAUCUCCCUUAGAGCAAACUUUCCUUACCCAGCCCACUCCUCCGAUCUUACAACACCGGACGCCUACGUCUGGGGAAUGUUGAAAGAAAGAAUUUUCCGCGAGGACCCACCAUCUACCAUUGUUCAACUCAAAGAAAAAAUAACUAUGUGAAUUAGGAGAAUAGAACAACCCCUAUUCAUAAAAAUGAUGGAAAAUCUACAAGAACAGUAUGAGCGUUGCCCCAAACUGAACGGGGGUCACAUUUAACAUGUUAAUACCCGAGUUUAACCGAUUUUUCUUGCUUUGACUUGUAUUUAUUGGUAAAAUCUAUAUGUAAUGUUACUGUGUUUACCAUAAUAAAAUAUUACCAUUUCAGUAGUGUUUAUUUUGGCUAAUACUGUAUUGUAUACUUAUUCAGGACUCACUUGUAUACACAUUUAAGAGAUCAUUCAUUGAUUUAUCUCUUCUUCAAGGUUGCAUUGAUAUUCCGGUAGGAAAAAUUGUUCUUAAAAAAAAAAAACACAGUCUUUAUAUGAAGCCAGUAGUCUUUAUUAUUUAUAAGCCAAAAGAGAGCAUGUCCUUUACGUAAUUUCGGCAUGGCUUUGAUUAGUUUUUCAAACAUUUAAGAAAUAUUACAGUGUCUGUCUCCUGACGUGGUUACAUACCUGUCAUAUGUCAAACCUAUCAGGAGCUGGUUAUUCUACUCGAUCAGGUAAUUUAUAACUUUUCUUAUCAGUUGUCCAUAGAUAAAUUAAUCCCUACAGUAGGUAUACUGGUUAGGGUUACAUUUUUUAUUGUUUGUUGAAAUUUUCGAUGAAGUAGUUUACACUUUUUGUUUUAUUUAUUUCAACAAAGUUGAAGUUGACCAAAUAUACAGGCGAUCAGUGUAUAAAAAAGGUGUAAGUGUGAAUGAUGUGGUGUGAUAACUGUAUCGCUCUAGUGAUGGAAAGAAAAAGGUUCUACUUGAAAAUAUCUAGCACAAGAAGUGUAGAAGUUACCUGGUUUUCUCUAGCUUAGGGCUAAAGGUUCCAUUUAGAUUCCUUUCUAAGUAGAAUUUCUUACCUAGUACUAUUGGAGUUUGUUAUAUCUCUAGGAGAUCAGGAACAAAUGACAAUCUUACCUGUGAUCGUACCCCUUAUAUAGCAUAUGGACCGGCACAGGCUCAGUUUCAUCGCUUCUAGCCACAGUGCUCCAUCUCUCCAUAAGAACGUAAGGAGAUGCUUCAUAAUAUAAUGGACCUCUAUUUAGGUUUGUCAAGGUCUGCCUGUUCAGAUAUGGUGCUGUUCCUCGAGAACACCCUUCUGUAAACUUAAAUGCUUGGGUGGGUUCUGUAGAAUACAUUGAGCCGAGUCAUUCUUUAUAACAGCAGGAUAGUUAGAUAGGAUGGCAACGACAUAGUGUAGCGGAUACAGCGGUUAUUGCAAGAUAACCGAAACUAGCAACUGGCAGCUGCUUGGAUGAGUGUCCGCUGAGCGAUCCUGUCCUUGCAAGUAACCUGCCUACCCUGCUAUUGGUGGUGGUUCAGAAGUCAUCUCUAAGCCUUUGGUCCCCAGGUUAAGUGAUAUAGAGGGCUUCUGAGCGCUAACUUCGCCUGGUAAAAUAAGGCAUUAUAUCACUUUGACUUUGAUAGUACAUAACAUUCAGGAGAUGUGUGAUGAGAUAAACGACUAUUUUGUAAACACCAAACCAAAUAUGACCCACACACUAAUAUAAUACACACACUUAUGGUUUUGAUAAUUCUAUAGUAGACACAGACUAUUCUGGUGUGGGAACUCCUGUUUCGUUUCACCUGUAACCAAAGAAGAGAUCGAGAGAGUUAUUGGAAGCUUAAAAAAAUAAAUCUUUUGAAAUAGACUAUUUAUCAGUGUUUCUACAGAAAAGGGUCGCAACAAAUCUAUCACCAGUUUUACAACAUACAUUUAAUUUAAGUUUUGCAGCAGGACAAUUUCCUGAUUAUUUUAAAAUGAGCUUGGUAAUUGCAAUUCAGAAAAAGCCUAAUUCCGACAGGGUUGAUAAUCUGAGACCGAUUAGCCUCCUUUGGGUCUUUAAACAAAAAGAUUUUAAUUGGAAGUAAAAUCACCCACAACAAUCCUAAUCAAAUUUGUGGCCUCUCAAAUAAUACUUUCAAAGCAUCCGUGGUAUUAUAAUCUGAUUUAAUUAUUUAUGCCUUGUUUAACCAGAGUUUUUCAGUUGCUAUUAUAAAAAUGAAUAUGUGACUCUGGAUCAGGUUAAUGAAACAAAUGUAAGCAAAUUAAAGUAACAGUUCUAUGGAGUUAUGUAUUUAAGUACCAUGCCUUGUAUUUUAUCACAUCAUGGUAAAAUAUAUUGAUAUGUUCUUGUUAGAGCUCUUCAAAAUAUCAAACCUACAUGGUUAUUGCAAUUGGCUGUAAAGUAAGUACAAUGAGAAAUAAUAUUUGUAUUUUUAUUUGCUAUUUGUAGUAUUGAACCGUUGUUUUAUCACUGAUUUUAGUUUUAUUGUCUAAAUUGGUUUGCUAUUUUACUAAAUGUUGUUAUGAACAAUAAUUUAUUUCAUUUAACGAUAAAAAUACACAGACAGUGAAGCAAUGUGAAACUAUCAGACAGAUAUUACUCACGUUCUUUGUUUAAAGGUUAUUUUUGACGAUGGAAGGAUUGUGAAGGAAACAGGAUUUUUUCGGACAUUUGCCAUCGUUCAGUGAA